CUGAUAUUUUAUGGCUUGUGUGGGAGGAAGAAAGUGUCUCUGCUUGCGGUAGGUGGGGCCGUCAGGUGAACUGUCAAAACUUGCUUUCCUGUUUCUUGAGUUGGCUGAGUUUGCUGUUGGUUUAUACGUUCACACAUCUUACUGAAAUACCAUUCUUCUAUUCUCAACAAACCUUUUGAACUUAUCACUUUUAGAAGAUGUCAAUCACGGUGUAUUUCAGCAGUGUGAGUGGCUCUAGAGAGGUAAAGCAACAUCAGUCUGAGAUUUUCCAGUUCCUGGAUUCUAAGAAGAUCAAGUACCGUACUUUAGACAUCACAUCAAGCACUGACGUGAAGGAAGAGAUGAGGAAGAAAGUGGGAAACCCCUCAGCGAUGCCACCUCAGGUCUUUAAUGGGGACAAAUACUGUGGGGACUAUCAGAAGUUUUUUGAUGCGGUGGAGGAUGGGAAAGCAGAGGCAUUCUUCAAACUCUGAGCUACUAUAAGCACUAAAUCCUUGCAUUUUUAAAGGCCAAUUCACAGCGCACAGACAAACGCCAACAGACACCAACAAACAAGUUGGCAGUUGGAUUUAGACAAUUAUGAUAAAUAAUUGUCAUGUUCACACUGCCCCAACAGACACCAACAAACACUGAUUGAACAUGGUUAGUCAGGUGAAAACAAACUCCAACCAACUCCAACAGACGCCAACAGGAGUAACACACUGAUCAGACAAAACCCAACAAACGUGUUUGUUGGUGUUUGUCUGUGCGGUUAAGAGAGAAGAUUUUAUAUGUUAAGGAAAUACAUAUUUUGCAUCAUUAAAUGAAAAAAAAAAAAAAAAAAAAAAAAAAAAGAUUUUCUAUCAAGUGUAUCUCUGCCACAAGUUUAUAUCUAUGAGUAUCUCAUCGCAUUUUAGGGUAAAGUUGAGCAACUUCCCAAUUUGUCCACUAGGGUGCAGUAAUGUCUUAAAUACUUCAAAUAUUUGAUACUCUUAUUAUUGAUGCAUUUAAUCCAUCUGCUGCAUUUUUAAAGGUGACUGUCAUUCAGAUUAAUAUAUUUUAUUAAGUUUAUUUUGCAUUAUGCACUAAACAGUGUUAAAUAUAUCAAAUAAUAUGACUAAA